ACAGGCAUUUUGGUAAUACCAAAUUGGCCAACACAACCUUGGUAUCCCCUAAUCGAACCAAUACUUUUACAACCUCCUCAUGUUUGUCCACCGUCGCAAAACCUGCUCAAACUACCAGCUGCACCAACAGAAGUGCAUCCACUAGUAAAAAAGCUAGAGUUGAAAAUAUGUCUUGUGUCAGGCAACAACUUACGUCAAUAGGUGUCUCUCCAAGUUCAGCAGAGAUAAUCAUGGCCUCUUGGAGAAAGGGAACAAAAACCCAAUACCAAACUUAUAUAACUAAAUGGAGUCAAUUUUGUGUUGCAACAAAAUGUGAAUUUUUUAAUCCCUCUAUUACCACAAUCAUUCAAUUUUUAACUAACCUUUUCAUUCAGGGCUAUCUUACUCUGCUAUAAAUUCUGCACGCAGUGCAUUAUCUGCCAUAUGCCAGACCAACAAUCACACUAUUCCAUUUGGGCAACAUCCUUUAGUGAAAAGAUUCAUGAAGGGAAACAACCCCCUAUACAUGAGUUAACAUUAAAAGAUCUUACUAUUCGAUUAACGUUCCUUCUUCUAAUACUAAGUGGAAAACGAGGGCAAACUAUCCACCUGUUAAAUUUAACCGACAUGGAUCUAUCUGAAUCGAAAUGUGUAUUUUCAAUCCGAGAAAAAAUCAAAACAACUAGACUUGGUCAUCACAUUGCUCCUAUUACAUAUGAAGCCUACCCUCAUGAACCAGAACUCUGCAUUGUACGGCACCUGAAGGAAUACAUUGAACGAACUAACGAAUUGCGCAGUUCUAAUUGUAAAAAACUUUUGAUAAGCUUUAUAAAACCGCAUCAAGCGGUUUCCCGGAAUACUAUCUCACGUUGGUGUAAAACAUUAUUAAACGCUGCAGGUAUUGACACCAAAGAGUUUGGCAGUCAACAGCACUCGAGCUGCAUCCGCUUCAUUUGCUGCAACACAAGUAGGGGAUAUGACGAAAAUUGUUGAAUCGAUUGGCUGGUCGAAUGCAACCACUUUUCAGACAUUUUACAAUAAACCUAUUAAGAAAACUUUUAAUCUAGGUUCCACCAUUUUACGGCAAAACGAAAUUAGGUAAAUCGUUAUCUUUUGUGGAAAAAUUAAAAUUUUAAAUAUAAUCAAUGUAUGUAAAA